GGAUGCUGGUUGUUGUCUGUGGGCUGUAGUAUUAGCUCUAUCUGGCUAGCAGUGGGAAGCUGAAAGAAGGGAAAAUGAGAAGCAAAGGAGAAGCGGCUUUUAGGGGUCUGGGUUGUAUUUCUUAAGAAGAAGCAAGGACUCCGUGUUGGUCUGGCUGUCUGGCUGGCCGUAGGUUUUUGCAUUUUGGCCCUGCUGAAAGGCAACGGGGAGAAGGAAGAAGCAGAACUGGGUUGGUUUAGGUGAUUUUUUGCAAGAAAGGGCACCUGUGGCUGGCUGUCGUGCUGCUGGCAGCUGGCUUUGCAGCAUGGACGUCGAGAAAAUUCCGCUCAUUCUGCUCCCGGAAUUUGAACCUGGGGCCUUUUGGUCUGCAAGUUCAGCAGCUCAGCGCUUUAACACACUGUGCCACAUGGAUAGAAUGUGUUCUACCACCGUGCAAAAUUUGAUCAGGAUCGCUUCAAAGAUUAGGGCGGUAGAGACCCUUAAAGCCCCCCCUCACACACACACACUAGUUUUUUCACGAUUGCGCAUGCAUGUCCGCCAUUAACAAACCAAUUUCAAGCAUUACGAAUUUUCAGAAAUAUCUGAAAUUUUUGAGGGGAAAAAUUGGAAAUAGUUGCAAAAAUGAAGCACCGGCGCCCCCUACUUUAGAGACAAGUAUUGAACCAUUUUUUUUUUGGAUCGCUGAUGCCUAUUGUAUAGAGUUUCUUAAAAACAUUUUCAAAUUGUUUCAAUAUGUCUUUGUCAGUCCAGUAGGAUUUCCCUUUAUCAUCUAUUUUGGUCACAUAUUGUGUUUGUCCUUUUCUCUCAAUUUUCCGAGAGAGCCAUUUGCCUGGCUUAUUUGCUUUCUGAAAAUGGUCUUGUUUAACAUAUUUCAGUUUCUUAGCUAGUUAUUCUAAAUCUGCUAUCUGCUUUCUCAGUAUCCCUAACUUCCCCUUGAGUUUCUGACUUGUAGGUGUUUUUUUCAACUUUGCUUCUAUUUCUGACAUAUGAUUUUGUGAAUUCUUUAAUUUCUGAUUUCUUAACUUAUUUCUCCAUGAGUUUUGUCUUAUAAAAUGUCCCCUCAUAACAGCCUUACUUGCGUCCUAAAUUGUUUGCAUAUUUAUUCCUGGGGUGUCAUUAAUUUGAAAGUAUUAUUUUAAUACAGUAUGUCCUUAUUUUUCUUUAUAUCUUCCUCAGAUAUCAACAAUGUGUCAUUUAGUCUCCAUUUUCUAAUCGUCUUUGUUUAGUUUAUUGUGAACUCGAUUGGGCAAUGGUCUGAAUGUGUUCUAGUUAAUACCUUAAUUUUCAUUAUUUUUAUUACUAAGCUAUUUGAUGCCCGGACCAUGUCUAUUCUGGACCACCCUUGGUGGCUAUUUGAGUAAAAAGUAUAGUCUCUUUCUUUGGGGUGGUAAGAUCUCUCUUCUUUAUAUGUUACCAUGAUGCCCUCAUUACAUUUCCAUCAGAAUCUGAUUUGUAGUUUCUUCAAUUCCUCAGUAAAAGACAUAUAUUUUCUUCUUUUAAUAAGUAUUGUUGUCAGGAAUUCUUUUAAGAUUGCUCCGUUUUUGUCUUUAUAGUAGGUAGUUUGUUUACUAUUUUGUUUCAGGAUGUCAUUUCUUUCUUCUUUUUUUGAGAAAUAUACAAUCACAUCCCUCAAUACUUUAUUCCUCCUUGCAUAAUUACUAGAUAUUCUGUAAGCCAUAUCAAUUUUCGUGUCCAUAUCCUCAUUUGUAGUUUGAGUCAGUUUAGCAGUUAGUUGAAUAAUUAUUUGUCUUAUAUUCUUUUUACUUUCCUCUUCUAUAUUUCUAAAUCUUAAUUGAUAUUCUAAAUUCUUUUGAUCCAUUAAUUCUUGUUUUAACUCCAAUUUCUGAUUUUUUAAUUCUAAAUUCUCAAUCUUGGUUUGAAUGUUAUUUUGAGAUUUUUCCUGUUUUUGUUUAUCUUGUUUGAUUUCUUGUAUUUCCUGUUGUAAUGUAUUAAUGUCUUUCUUCAUAUUUCUAGUUCUUCCAUGAUUUCAUUUUUCAUAUUUAACAUGUGAUCCUGAAAGAGUUUCUGAUACGCAUCUUGCUUCACUGACAUUUUUUGUAUUUCCUUCAUAAUAUUCUUUAGGCUAAUCUCUUCUGAGAGUAUCUCCUUUGCAAUCCCUUCAUGUCUUUGUCCUCUUUGUCUGCUUUAAACUUAAAUGAAGUCAUUUUUCUUCUUUGGGUUCAGCUUUCUUAGCCUUCUCUUAUUCUUGUCUCCCUACUUUGUGCUCCUUAAUGUCUCAUCUCUGUCCAUUUCCACUUCUUCGUCAUCCUGCUGGAUCUUAAUCUCUGUGUCUCAUCAUUCUGUCUUCUUGUUGUCUCCUCGUCUGUCGUGCUGGUCACAGAUUCCUCCUUCUCUUCUAUUAUUAUUAACUUCUCCGCUUUACUAUUCUAUUUUAUUCUCUUCACUGUACUUCUACAGUCUCUUCUCAUCACUUCCUGUUUCUAAAAAAUAUUAAGUAUUGAAGGCCACGACUUACAAAUUGACUGGCAUGCAUACAUUUGGUAUAGAAAAAUAAAAACUAAAAAAAGUUUGUAACCACUUUAUAAGGUCAGCAAUAAUAAAAAUGUGGAAUAGAUACAAGAUAAGACUUUAUCCUAAAACCCCAUUCAUGGUGUCACCACUGGAAGCAGGCCAAAGAAGAUUACUAGGGUGGGAGAAAUGGCCCACUUACAAAGAUAUAUUGAAGAAGAUUGAUGGAAAAGUAGAAAUGAAAACACAAGAAAAAAUUAGGUUAAAAAAAGAAAAAUGUCUCAUGGUUCCAGUUCAGACAAUUGAGAGAAUACUAUAAUAAAAAUAAGACAGAAGGAUCUUUGGACAAAGAAACAUUCUGGGAUAGGAUUAUGAUCCUGGGGAAAAAAAUUAAUAACAAAAGUUUAUAAGAAACUCCUGGAAUGGGCAACAGAAAAAGAAACAGUCAAAGACUGUAUGAUAAAGCGGGCAACCAACAUAGGACGAUCAAUAAGGAUGGACCAAUGGGAGAACAUCUGGAAUCGUAAAAUGAGACAAAUGUACUCAUACGAUCUGAGGGAAAAUUGGCUUAAAAUGUUCCACAGGUGGUAUAUAACUCCACAAAAAUUAGGGAAUUACUAUAAGAAUAUGCAGAACACGUGUUGGAAAUGUAAGAAACAGGAAGGGUCUUUUUUCCACAUGUGGUGGACUUGUGAUAAGGCGAAAUUUUUUUGAUAAAUGAAAUAAUCCAAAGAAUUCUAAAAAAUUAAUUCCAGAUAAACCCAGAGCUACUAUUUAAUUACUUAGCGAUGGCGGUGAGGAUCACAUAUGUGAAAAAUUGGAGACAAGAAGACUACUGGCUGAUCAAAGUAAUGAAAAUAAGGACUGGCAACCUUUUCUGGACUAUAUUAAGAAAAAGAAGAAAAUUAUAAUAUCAAAAGAGACAUAAAAUGUUUUUAUUCGCAGAAGAUUGGAUGUAAAUAUAGGGAAGCAGAACUAGAAUUAAAAACAUUAUACUAAUAGAUAUGGAAUGCUUUCUUAUUGUGGAAGGCACGGAUAUGGAUUGGAAGUUCACAAAGCAGUCUAUUUUAAGUUUUUUUGUCUGAUUGUUUCUUUUUCUUUCUUUUUUCUUUCUUUCCUCUUUUUCUUCUUUUAUUUUUUUCUUGAUUUUCUUUCUUUUUCUGUUUCUAUAAAAACAAUGUAUGUGUGUGGAAAACUUAAUAAAAAUUAUUACAAAAAAACUUCAGAGGUGAAGAUCCGAGGAUGGCUAGCUUUUGAUUUAUUAUUCUGAAAUAGUUUGCUUCAUGUGUUUAUAACUUUGUUCUCCUUGCUUUGUCCAAAUGCAGGUAGCAAAACAAUACGGAAACGUUUUAACUUUAUGGCUGGGUCAUUUUCCAGUGGUGUUCCUGUCUGGAUUCGAUGCUGUGAAAGAAGGACUAGUUGAUCACUCAGAAGAAUUGUUGGAUCGGGGGUCGACUCCAUUUUUUUUAUAGAAUAUCAGAAGGAAAAGGUGUCGGAUUCUCAAAUGGUCAUGCCUGGAAGCAACAGAGAAGACUUGCCCAAGUGACUUUGGCGAAACUGGGAGUCGGGAAAAGAAUCAUGGAAGACAAAAUCGAAGAUGAAGCCCAACAGCUUGUAGAGAUUUUUGCAAGUAAAAAAGGGAAGCCAUUUGAUCCUACAUUGAUCAUCACCAAUUCAGUCUCCAACGUGACACAUGCCCUGAUGUUUGGGCACAGGUGGUCCCUUGAAGACUUACACUUCAACAAGCUGGUUAAAGCCAUUGAGUAUACCAUGCAUUUUGGAGUAUCUAUCUUUUAUGUGCUGUAUGAAUUGUUCCCAUCGCUCAUGGAACGUCUUCCAGGGCUUCAUAAGAAGGCACUUGAGGCCACAGAGAUACUGCUUUCGUUAUCAAAGGAAGAAAUACAGAAACAUAAGGAGCAAGAGCCCACACUGGAGCCACGGGUUUUCAUUGAUUACUACCUGCUUGAAAUGGGGAAGGAUAAGAAUAAGAAUGAUCCUACCUCUGCAGUGGAUGAAGAGAACCUGGCUCACACAAUUCAUGACAUCUUUUUUGCUGGAUUGGAAUCUACCUCCACAGUUCUUAAAUGGGGAGUCCUCAUUUUGGCAAAUCGUCCAGAUGUCCAAGAUAAAAAUCAUCAAGGAGAUAGAAGAUGUUUUGGGUUCCGCUUCUAUCUGCUAUGACGACCACAAAAGACUGCCUUAUACUCAUGCAGUGCUUCAUGAAAUCGAGCGUUACAGAUUUCCCAUGAUAGUAGGAGUCGCAAGGCAAGCUACCAUAGAUAUACACAUGAGAGGUUUCAUCAUCCCAAAGGGAACAUACAUUGCGCCCAAUAUACGUUCUGUUCUUCUUGAUGAAGAGUACUGGGAAACUCCACUCGAAUUUAAUCCCAAUCAUUUUUUGGACAAAGAUGGAAAUUUUGUUGCUAGAAAAGAAUUUCUGGGAUUUGGUACAGGGCUUCGGUCAUGCUUGGGGGAAGCUAUGGCAAGGAUGCUGCUAUUUAUCUUCUUGACCCGCCUGGUGAGGGUGUUCCGUUUCCAGCUUCCUCCAGGAGUCAAGGAAUUAAAUGAAGAACCAGCAAAGGAAAUAACAGUGCCCCCCUAUCCUUAUAAAGUGUGUGCUAUUCCUCGCAAUAGUUAAUUAUAAAACAUUCAAGAAUAAUUACAGUGACUUAUUAUUCAUUGCUGUAUAUUUAAAGCAAAUUUCCCCUUCACUUAAUUUGAUGUUCUCAGACCUCUUCUCUACCUCUAGAACCUCUAGAAAAUCUGAGACAUAGCUCAGUGCAAAUAAAUUUAGCUUCAUUCUGUUUUGUGUUUUUGGAAAUGUUGCUCAAAUGAAAGUCUUGCUAUGAAUAGAUAUAGGGCAACUAACAGUAUAGUCAAUUGAGGGUUUGACUAGUUCCUUUGAAGAUCAAGUUUCAAAUCGCCUUUUAUCUAUGAAAAUACAAUGAGUGAUGUUGCACAAGCCAAGUUUUCUGGAGGCAUAGACAGAAAAAAGCCUUCUAGAUCAAAAGGACAAAAGGCUUGAUUUUUAGACUUGUUCAUCUUGAUCAGCAUUUUCUGCAUAUG